GGCAAAGUUAAUUAUAAUUAAAGUUGCUUUGGAGUAGUGAUAAAUAUAGAUUAAUGUUUGGGUAGAAAUGUUGGAUGUGUUCUGUAUGGGUGAUAACUGAUAAGGCUAAUAGGGUGAAAACUGAUAAAGCUAUGGUGGAUGUGAAUGGUCAUGUUUGGUAUAUUUUGGUGAUGUUUAUAUGAUGGCAGAUAAAAAUACAGUGCUAUUACAUAAUCCAAUCAGGUCUUUUUGUCUGUCACAUGAUUUUCAAAAGUCAUUAAUAGGGUCACCAAUGCUAUAAGAGAUGUUCCAACCAUGGUUACUCUCCAUUACAGACUAAUCGAUUGCUGACUCAUUUGCUUAUCAUAUCAGGCUGAGUCUUUUUGCCCAACGUAUCACAUCAUGGAACAAGUCUUUCCCGACAUAAGUUUCUCGACUUUGGUGCCGGAGUUGUUUGGUUUCUAGCUUUGUUUAUCAUUUGUUGCACCCUCUAGCUUUUACUCUAACCUUCUACCUAAAGCGUAGCUCUUGUUCCAGCAAUGGAAUAAAUUAGAUGGUUAGUUGACUUUUCCUUUGUCAUCUUCUUCCUUAGCUACUUGCCCCAUAUAAUAUAUUCUCUUGUUCCCAUCUGAAUUUCCUUGAUAAUUUAUAGCAUAAACAAAUGAAGAAACUGUAGGCAAGCUGAUGUCAAUCCGCGUCCCUACUUCUCUCCCUCAUCAUUGAUGAUUUGUUUGUUUGAACAGACAAGGUGUGUUUCAUCAUUUGUUCCUUGCCCUGCAAAUUCCCACGUCUCUCCCAACAUCCAUUUUCAUUGAAUUCCCAUGGGACAGGAGAAAGGAAAACUAUGCGAUCAAUAUGAAAUCCUGGACAUCCUAGGAAGGGGAGGAUUCUCAGUCGUGAGGAGAGGCAUAAAGAUCAAAACAGAUGGGCAGAAAAGUAGUCAACAGGUAGCCAUCAAGACACUAAAAAGAUUUGGCACUUCAGCUUCAACCCCAUCAGGGAGUUUUCGAGUCAGUGCUGAGAAGAGCAUAGCUUCAAUGGGAUUACCAGCAUGGAACCAGGUUUCCAUCUCGGAUGCCUUGUUAACCAAUGAGAUCUUGGUUAUGAGAAAGAUUGUGGAAAAUGUUUCACCCCAUCCAAACGUGAUUGAUCUCUAUGAUGUCUAUGAGGACCAAAGUGGGGUGCACUUAGUGCUAGAGCUAUGCUCAGGAGGGGAGUUGUUUGAUCGGAUUGUGGCUCAGGAAAGGUACUCGGAGGCUGGAGCUGCAGCUGUAGUUAGGCAGAUCGCUCAAGGAUUGGCAGCUCUUCACCAGGCUAACAUUGUCCACAGGGAUCUUAAGCCUGAGAAUUGCCUCUUCUUAAGUAAAAGUGAUGAUUCUACAUUGAAGAUCAUGGACUUCGGAUUAAGUUCAGUGGAAGAGUUUACUGAUCCAGUUGUUGGGUUAUUUGGUUCUAUAGAUUAUGUAUCGCCAGAGGCUCUUUCUCAAGGCAAAAUCACUUCCAAGAGUGACAUGUGGUCUUUGGGAGUCAUCUUAUAUAUCUUGCUCUCUGGGUAUCCACCAUUUAUUGCUCGAUCAAAUCGCCAAAAACAGCAGAUGAUAAUGGCUGGGGAUUAUAAUUUCGAUGAGAGGACUUGGAAAAACAUUUCUUCAUCAGCAAAGCAUUUGAUUUCUAAUCUGCUGCAAGUUGAUCCUGACAGAAGACCAAGUGCUGAACAGCUGCUGGCUCAUCCAUGGGUCAUUGGAGAUUCAGCCAAACAGGAACAAAUGGAUGCUGAGGUUGUGUCAAGACUGCAGAGUUUUAAUGCACGCCGCAAACUACGAGCUGCAGCAAUAGCUAGCGUGUUGAGCAGCAAGGUUUUGCUGAGAACAAAGAAGCUAAGGACUCUGCUAGGUUCCCAUGACCUUACCAAGGAGGAAAUUGACAACCUGAAGAUGUAUUUUAAGAACAUAUGUGCUAAAGGUGACAAUGCUACCCUACCUGAAUUUGAAGAGGUGCUAAAAGCAAUGAAAAUGUCCUCACUACUCCCUCUGGCUACCCGUAUCUUUGAUCUAUUCGACAGCAAUCGUGAUGGAACCGUUGACAUGAGGGAAAUAGUGUGUGGAUUUUCCAGCCUUAGAAACUCCAAAGGAGAUGAUGCUCUCCGUUUGUGCUUUGAGAUGUAUGAUACAGAUCGAUCUGGUUGCAUUACAAAGGAAGAACUAGCAUCAAUGCUUAGAGCUUUGCCAGAUGACUGUCUUCCACCGGAUAUAACAGAACCUGGAAAGUUAGACGAAAUAUUUGACCGGAUGGAUGCAAACAGUGAUGGAAAGGUUACUUUCGAUGAAUUCAAAGCUGCCAUGCAAAGAGACAGCUCCCUCCAAGACGUUGUCCUCUCUUCUCUUCGUCAGCAGUAGAAUUCCCAUCUUUUCCAACAGCAUCAAUUAGUUCAACAAGUUUAGUCCUUAAUUCCAAUCUUUCUAUGGAUAUUCAUGCUGUGGGGACUAUAUGUAGAUUAGUUGAUGAAUGCUAGUACCAUUUUGUAGCUCUUGCAUAAGAAAAACAAUUAUUCAUUAUUUUGUCAUUCCAGAGACAUACUUGUUUAUCCUCCAAAGGUUAUGAUAGUAUUUGAGGAGGAUGGGACAGCAGGAUAAUGAAUGGAACAAUGGUUUUAGGUUGUUGGCACGUGAAGGUUCUUUACAUAUUUCUCCAAGGAUGAUUAUUCUUUAAUGGAUAAAUGGGUAUUAUUUAUGGUCAA